AUGAAGAUCGUGGGUGUCGUGGAUUUGGAAUUUACAUAUGCAGCCCCAGUUGAAUUUUCGUUUGCACCGCCUUGGUGGCUUCUUCUAGAAAGACCUGAGUACUGGCGUGGUGGCCUCGAAGAUUGGACCGACUCAUUUGAUCGCCGCCUUCGAACAUUUCUCAAGGCAAUGGUCAAAUGCGAAGACAAUGCCAUCCAGGAGGGGCGAUUAAAAGAGAAUGAACGACUCUCUGGGCCUAUGCAAGAGAGCUGGGACAGUGGUGACUUCUGGAUUGUCUAUGCCAUGAUGGGUAACUUUGCCUUUGAUUCGGUAUAUUGGCAUAAGAUCGACCGGCGUUUUUUUGGGCCUAGAGACAAUAUCGAGGAUGCAUGA